AUGUCCUCCUCCAAAGGCGCCAAUGGCCACCCUCACCGACCUCAACAGCGUCCUCACUACGUGCCCUUCUCUGCCGCACAGCACCACAAGAGCAAUGCAUCACCCACAUCGAAGCAGUACGCGAGACCUGCAGAUGGUCUACCCCGCGUAUUAUCCAGCAACCUGACACCAUCCUCCUCGUUCAACGAGCCAGGUCCAAGCGCAUCACGACCCCUCGCUCCGCGUCGUUCCCACGGCUCACCUUCCGCCUAUGACCGCUUCAACGAGGUAGAUUGGAUCGUAGACCUCAGCUCCCGUAUCGGCAAUGCUCUGCAGUCCCCAUCACAAAACUCGAUGCCAGCUUCAUCCUCGGCUGCUGCUUCUCCUUCCUCCUCUUUCUCGCACGCUCUCACCCCCUCUCGAAGCCGCGUUCGCCUGCCUCGACCAAGCAGAGAGUUUCGAGAGCUGCAGCACCGCAUACAAUUGACGCGUGGAUUGCAAUCAAGUUCUGCCGCUCCCGACAUCAGCAUCAGCACCACCACAUCCGAUCCAGCCGAGGAUCCCGAUACAUCCGCCAUCGAAUGGGCACAGCACGCACAGAGUGACUUUGAACGUCGUCGAGCUAACUUGCAACACUCGCGCCAGGGCGUGUUGAAGCAUCUACAGGACAAUGGGCUUGAAAUGGAUGCGGACGAGGAGGGUCUAGGCGCUGAUGCAGAGCAGACAGUCGAUCCGGCGGUGGAGCGCAGCAUGCUCACCGCCAAGUCACUUCAAGAAUUGAUGCGCAGCGGUGGCUUGCAGCCCGAGGGCGGAGAUCAAAACUCCGCCCUCGCUAAUCUUCUCGACAACGCCGAACCACUUCCCGAUCUCAACUCUGAGCUCGGGCCCUCUUCGCUCUUUGAAGCCAGUAGAGCAGCAGACGGCUCGCUCGACAUUGAAUCGAUACUUCGCCGACGGGCCCAACUGGUAGCGAGUGAGGAUGUCGAUCGGACAGAGCCUCCAAGGCCCGCAUCCGCCAUGCUCGACCUCUCUGAGUCUGCUUCAAAGCCUGCGAAACGGCCCACUAUCGAGGUCUUGGGCGAGGGUUCGACCGCUGAUGCUGCAACAGGCUCGGACGACGCGGCCAGUGUCCAUGACGACAACAUCGUUGAGCGCGGAUACAUAGGCUCGAAUGAUCGACAACACCUCGAAUCGCAUCCUAUGGAUCAGAUUGAGAUUGUCGAUGGCACUUUCCAGAUCGUCCCCGCUCAGCCAAGGCCUAAUGAUGGGUCAACCUCUCAGCAUCGGUACAAUGUCCAAAGCCAACACGCUCGAGUGCAAAUGGACGGAGAACAGCAGCUUUCCGAUGGCUCCGAGGGCGACCAGAUGGACAGCGCGUCUGACGCGCACGAACGCGCAAAUUCCACCUCCGCCGCUGAAGAGGACGAAGAAGAUGAGGAUGAGGACGAGGAUGAGGACGAGGACGAGGACGAGGAUGACGAAGUGGAAGAGGACGAAGACGACGAAGUGGACGACAGCGCUGAGCAGGAUGGCACCACCUUACCCCCGUCUCAACGCUAUUACGACGGCUUCGGAGGUGUCGAUACCCGUGAUCUCUUGUUCCAAGGUCCUGCCGGAGAUGCCGAGGAGCCCAUUGUGCUGUCCGACUCGGACGACGACGACGACGCCGACAAUGUCUCGAGUCAACGUCAUCACGACAGCGAAGAGGAGCAAGACGACGAAGCAGAGGACGAUGAUCCAGGCGAGCUCGCUGCAGAGGCGGAGAGCGAGCCUGAAAGCGAGAAUCACGAGCAAGUCGAGCCUGAUCAAGGCGACGCGACCUCUUCUCUCCACCAUGGCCGUGGACCGCAGCACUCUCAUGAUCACCACGAGCACGCACAGAUGGACUUUGAACACAACGGUCGCGAAGCAGAGCAAGUAUCUCUCGCUCCGAUGCAGCGUGACCAUGCGCGUGACGAGAAAGGUGGAUCUACCGAUUCGGAACAGGCCGGCACGCGACUCUCCGACGAGCUCACGGACAUGCACGCACAGGAUCAAGCGCGCACUCAGCUCACUGCUUUCAGCAACACCGCCACUGGUUCUGAAGGCGAAGGUGUCCCCGACAGUGAAGUCGAGCCCGAAGAGGUGGAUGAAGACUUGCGCUGGCCUGACGUCGAAGGCGCCCAGCAAGACGACGUCGCUUCCUCCGGUUCCCCAAGUCCUUCUCGGCUCGAACCUGCUGACGCCGCCUUUCGGGCCAGACAAGGAUCACAGACCAUGCCUGGCUUUGUCUCGGCCGCCCAAAUCUUCGCCGACAUUCAGGCUGCACAGGCCCAACCAACAAAUCAAGGUAACCUACCACCCAGCGUCUCGAGUGAGGAAAUCGGUCGCAUCGAUCCAGAGCUGCUCGAGGGUAGCGCGGGCAACCAGCAAGUCACGGGCCACUCUUCACGCGAGGUCGCAUCUGCUGCUAGUGCCGAACAGCUUGUACCGUCCCACAGUCAAACGGAGUCUGACAUCUUCGAUGCCUUUACGCGCCAAGACGCAGCGUCAGACACCCACGAAUCUGUCGAAGGGCGUCCUUCUGACGCCGACGAGAUCCUGACGGCCGUCGACAUUGAUGCACAGGACGCGGAGCUCCCGGUGACGAAGGACAGCGACUUGGCGAAUGGCGAUUCGCUGAUCAAGCCUGAUCAGAUCGUCGAUGCAGCCGGUCCCGUCUCUGCUCAGGACCACUUUCAGCAGCUCAAAGAAGGCGAAGCAGGGGACGAGAUUGACAGCGAUGCAAAAGCGGCUCGAGAAGCUUUCGUCGAAGAGCUCCAAAGUGAACAGCAGAUCGACGCGAUCGAGGACACCGCAGCUACCGGCGCAGAUUUGGACUCACCCGAAUCCCUCUCGAGUUCUCCUCAGCUCCAGACAGCAGAAGAGAUCAUCAUUCCCGCAAUGGUACCGACUACUUCGGACCGAGGCACGAAAGAGGCUGCCGAGCCAAGCAAACCCGGCCUGGUCCGAGUUGAAAGUACAGACAUACUGGAGGCAGACGUCGAGGACAACAGCGAGGAAGACGUAGCGCCCGAUGAGGCCAUUGUGCAGUUGAAGAGUGCAUCUGCGCCUCCGGCUGAUGUGACGGCUACCGCUUCUUCCAACACCGAGGGCAAGACAGAGAACUUUGGGGACAUCCUCGUGGACGAAGGGAGUGCAGAUCCCGACGCUGCUACUGACAUUCCCACUUUUGGCGACGUUGGAACUUCGAACGGAUCUGCGCCGCCAGAAGUUGUCGAGACACAGAACUCCAUCCAAGAACCAGAGGAGGAAGGUAUCCUGAGUGGUGACCUCGCUGAUCGAGACAGCAGUCUGGAACGUCAAGUGGUCCCGCCAGCCGCUGUGACGCCAGCAAGCACCCUUGACGAACCGAGCGGGUUCGAUCCCGUGAUGCACAAGCGCAUCGACCUCGGAUCCGAUGCGGAAGCCGACGGUACGGACCCCGCUCCUUCUGCCACGACGUCUGCACAGAAGAACGAGUUGAGCGGCUCUCCUCCCGCAGGCCAGCACGACGUACAGCUGAUACAGAACGUCACGGAAAGCAAAGAAUCUGUAGGUAACGAAUCGCCCAAUGUGAUCGGUGCCGAGGAGACCCACGCAGCUACCUCGGGCGAACAGCCUGCCGAUGAGGAACGACCCGAGGGAAGCAGCGCCGUCGAAGCGAAACUCACGGAGGAUAUCAAGGUUGUCGAAGCGGAGCCGGAGGAAGAGAGCAGAGCUAUCGACGCGCCCAUCGCUGUCCAUCCGAGCACCCUGACACCUAGACGCGUGCCGCCUUCACCAGCCUCAUCGGACCGUCGAUCAACGUCGAGCUUUACGCCAUCUGCCAACCGUCAGGGCAACCGCCACCUCCACGGCGCUGCCAGACGAAGCUUCUUUGCACAAGUCACUGAAGCUGCAUCUGGCCUCGCCUCCAAUCUGGCUGCCCCGCUGCGUGCUCUUCCAUCUCUGCUGCCUAUCAGCGAGAGGCGUGCCGACGAGAUGCGCGAGGUUGACGAAGAUUCGCAGGUUGCAGAGACUGGCGAUGAGCAAGCAGAAGGCAGCGUCCGGACGGCAGCGCGACAGCAAGCGUCGCGCUCGAACAAGACAACCGAGCUGCCCGAGUUCACCAUCACCACUCGGUCUCACUGCAUUUGCCGCAAACUGCAGCUGGGUCAGGUCGAAGGCCGCCCGGUGUUUAUCGUUCCAGGCUGCUCUAUCAACUAUGAGCAGGCUAGCAAGGAAGGCGCGGAAGACCUUGGCCCCACUGACGAAAGCCAAACGGACGACUGGCUCACGGUGGAUCCUGAUUUCAUCCCAGAAGACGUGCACCACGUGCUCAGCCGCGUCAUCGGUCUUGACUUUCUCAACGAAGGCAUCUGCGUGGAGCCAGGCUCGUCCGCGGCCAAGCUUGUGUUCGCCGAUGAUCUGGAUGCAGAUCCCCUCGGGACUCUUGGUGACGGUGAGAGUCGUAUGAGGGAGCCGAGCCGUGACAAGGAGGAGUCGCCACGCCAACUGGAAGUCAAAGAGGAGAACGGGUUGGUGGACCAUGAGAACCAAGAAAAGGGGGCCGACUUGGACUCUAAGCAAGGCUCUGGCGUGGCUCAGGCAAAAGCAGAGGCGAUGGAUGAAGACGCUCAUGUACAACAAGACCCGGAAACUCCCACGCGAGCGACGAGACGAAGCAACCGCCAUCAGCGGGCUAGCAGCGUAGCAUCGACGUCUCCGCUGCAUCGAUCACCCCGUCAUCCGGAUCCGAAGAGUCCCAAUGCGGAUUAUCUGCCUGAUGACGAGAGGCGCCGUUUAGCGAAGGACAGGCAUCCGGCACCCACUGUUCCCGGAAAGAUCUCCAUCGCUUCGCUCGAAAAGUACGUCUCGAAAGAGGAGGCAGAAGCAACCCAGCUCGAGGUCGUUCGCGCAUUACAGGCGGGCGUGCCUCCCGAGGGCCGUACAGAGGCUUUCGAAGCAUCGCCACCACCGGCCGACGCUUCUCCGCAAGGAAAGAAGAAGCGCAGCCGAUCUCGCAAGAGCGUGGCAGCAGAUACGGAACAAAUGUCGAGGCUGCAAAAUGUAGCGCGCGAAUUUGGCGAUGAAGCCGAUGACCUGCCGGCCGAGCCCAAGUCUAAAAAGCGUAGAGGAGGUCGGAAAUCCUCGGUCCCGGCCGCGACUGAGACGAUGGAGGCGCAGGCCGAUUCUGAAGACAAGGACGAGCACGAUGCUGCCGCAGUCGAGGAUGCACUCGACGCUGUGAUGUCGACGCCUAAAAGAUCGGUUAAAGGUCGCAAGACGCCCGGGUCAGAAGCUGCUUUACUCGAAUCGAAUGACGCCGAGCAAGCUUCAGCACACGAAGAAGAGCAAGAUGAGGCCGAGCUGCUGCAAGGGGGCAAAGGGAACAAGGGCAGCAAAAGCAGGAGAAAGCGCAAGCAGCCCAGUGCGGACGAGCCUUCCGCCGCUUCGGCAGCAACUGUCACAGAAGCCAGCGAAAAGGUACCUAAGCUCCAUCAGGAUGAGAGCGCAAAGGCGCAGCCUCGUCGUAGCCGUCGGUCACAGGCAGGCACUCCUGCUCAAAGCCUCAGCAGCAGCAGGACGAGUCCGCGCAAAUCACCCAAGCGCAAGGUGCUGAAGCUGAAUUGA